AAACAUACCUACUUUCAUGUGGUAUAGGCCACUAGACUCGAAUCUCAUCCAUGCUUCUCGAAUUGAGCUCCAAAGUAGGCUUCACAAACACUUUCUCAAACUUAGCCAUUUUCAGGCAGUUUCCCAGUUUUGGCAUAGCCUUUUGACCAGGUUCAAAAAUGGUCUUCUAGACUUCCUAUCGAGCUCCCAAGCACUUCAAUGUGUAGAGGGACACUCCAUAUCCAAAACAUGCCAUUAAUCUCCAAUCUUCAUCGAGCCAGUUGUAAGAUAUGAAUCUCCAAAGUAGGCACCAUGAAACUGUUUUUACACUGAAACAACAUAUUAGGUCGACUUAAUCCUAACUGAGAUCGACCGAAAAGUGCAAAUUACGGUGAGUCGGUGACAUGCAUGUCACCAUAAGCGAACCCCGGAAUUUGCUACGGUGACAUGCAUGUCACCGUAGCUUGCACUUUUAGGUCGACCUCAUAUAGGAUUAGGUUGACCUAAUCUGCCGCUUCAGUCUUGUGCUAGAAGGCAGCUUACUUCGUAGUAACUUCGAGCCUUUUGUUUGAAGCCUUCUAGAUAUCCAAUAUUUCAUCCAAUGCCUUGACUUUGUAGACAAACAUACCUACUUUCAUGUGGUAUAGGCCACUGGACUCGAAUCUCAUCCAUGCUUCUCGAAUUGAGGUGAAAAAGUAGACUUCACAAACAUUUUCUCAGACUUUGCCAUUUUCAGACAGUUUUCCAGUUUUGGCAUAGCCUUUUGAUCAGGUUCAAAAAUGGUCUUCUGGACUUCCUAUCGAGCUCCCAAACACUUCAAUAUGUAGAGGGACACUCCAGAUUCAAAACAAGCCAUUAAUCUCCAAUUUUCAUCUAGCCAAUUGUAAGAUAUGAAUCUCCAGAGUAGGCACCAUGAAACUAUUUUUACACUGAAACAACAUAUUAGGUCGACCUAAUCCUAACUGAGAUCGACCGAAAAGUGCAAAUUAGGUUGACAUGCAUGUCACCAUAAGCGCCCCUACAGGUUAUGUUGGUAGCACACCCGACACAAAUUUUUGACAUAAAACUACAAUAUUGUGUUGGUGAAAUGAACCAAAACUACCCAACCGACACAAAAUAUCUAUUUUCUUUUAUUGAGAUAGUUCGUUUCUGAUUUUUUGUUUCAACUAAACUUGCACCUGCAAUCAGUUUCGACGCCAACAACCUUAUACCUUCGGGAACACCAACGGGCCUUGCAACUCCUAAGCCUUCAUAGUUGCGGUAGCUUUACCGUGAGGCUAUCUUACAUUUACUUGACAUCACCAUUACUAUUAGUAAGCUAGUGUACUUUACUAGUUACGAUUAAUCAGAUUACUGUUUGCAAGUUAUACAAAUCGAUCCAACACUGACAUUUUUCUUUUAAUUUUUUAUAAGUACGUAUACGAGGCAGAAAUAAAUUAGCUAAAAAAUGUGACAGUUUUCUUUUAAUUAGUGUAACAAAAUGUGCAAGUUGUAGUAACGAGUCAGAGGGUAAUUAGUAACUCGGUGCACUGAUCCAAACAACUUGCAGCCCGAUCCGCCUCAUAACUCGACCGACCUGUAAUCUGAUCAACCCGUAUAACCCGCAACCCUAUGAACCUGAACCCGACUAACCCGCAAAACCUGAUUAUAAUCCGCAACUCGAUCGAACCCAGCCUGGUUGACACCUCUAUAUAUACGUGCCUGGGGGAAUUUCUAGCUACCGAAACAUCAAACAGCUAGCUAAUAGCUAUGGCUUCACAGCCUGGAAUGCUCACCCACUGGCCUUGGGAAUCUCUUGGCCCCUUCAAGUACUUGAUUUUGGCUCCAUGGGUGGCUCACUACACGUACGAGUUCGUCAAGGAUCCGACGAGGGACUUGAGCACCUUCUUCAUCUUCUUCGCCAUCCUCCUCCGAUUCCUCCACAACGAGGUCUGGCUCUCUCUCCACCGCCGCCGAACCGCCACUCCGGCCAACAGGAUCGUCAACAAGCCCAUCGACGCCCACCAACUCCGCCGCGAAAGCAACUGGGACGACCAAAUCAUUAUGUCGGGGCUACUGCUGUACGGCGCGCGGACGGCGCUGCCGGGCUGGAUAACCGAUCUCCCGUUCUGGCGGACGGACGGCGUCGUUUUGACCGCCUUCCUCCACGCCGGCCCGGUGGAGUUUCUCUACUACUGGCUUCACAGAGCACUGCACCACCAUUUCCUCUACUCUCGCUAUCACUCCCACCACCAUUCCUCCGUUGUCACUCAACCCAUUACCGCUGUGAUACACCCUUUCGUGGAAACAAUGGCGUACAUCGUGCUGUUUGCGGUGCCGAUGGUGACGGUGGCGUUCACCGGAACGGCCUCCGUCGCGGCCAUCUACGGUUACAUCUUCUACAUCGACUUCAUGAACAACAUGGGACACUGCAACUUCCGGUCGCCGUUUGACUACUUUGCCUACUUCCCUCUCCUCAACCUUGUCAUGUAUACUCCCACGUAUCACUCGGUGCACCACACCAAGCUUCAGAAGAAUUACUCGCUGUUCAUGCCUUUGUACGACUACAUCUACAAAACGAUGGAGACGGAGACGGUGAAGAAGGAGGACCACAGGCCGGCCCACAAGCUGGAGCAGUAAUUGGGGCGGGUGAAUCGCUGUCAGCCCAUUAAUGAAAACGCAGCAACUCUACCAGAAUAAAUGUGAACUGGGCCGGAUAGAGAAACAAAAAUAGAAAAAAAAGCGGUCAUUUACGGUUAGGUGGUGAUGGGUUUCAUUUGGGUUGUCUUAACACGAAAAGAUCAAAUUACAGUAACUGAUAGCUGCAAAACAAAAUAAUAACUAUAUCUGUGUAAGUAUGAUUGGGGGGAAAUUUGAAAGGCGGUCUGUUAUAUUGUAUAAAAUAAACAAAAGAGACUCUUUGUGGUUAUGUUCCAACUUAUAUUAUGUAUAUGGUGUGGUAAUGAAGUGAUGAGUGGUCGUGUUUGUGUUAAUUGGAUACUUUGCAUGGUAUACAUAUGGACUAGUUUCCAUUAUAUACAAGAGAAAGCUUAUUUGUCUUUUAAACCGUCCGUAAAAAAAAAAAAAAAAAAAAAAAAAAAAAAGAGAGACAGAGACAGACACACACUCUUGCAUCAUGUCAACCGAAAACACGUAUUAAGUUGGUUAUAAAUAAAUGAAUUCGCGGGUGGGUUUUAGCUGGGGAUUUCAAGAAACAGUUGAUCCCAAUAACUCGAGUUAUUGUAAGAGGUUCAAUCGUGGAUCAUAUACCACAACACUAACACGUUCCCUCAAACGAAAGCCACUCACAAGGGUUUGAAGUUUGCACAGGUUUGAAGACAAGAAUACCAUGUGCUUAACAAAUGAGGGUCACUAGGAAUCGAACACAAGACCUCUCGGUCACAGAAGGCUCUGAUACCAUGUCAAGAACCAGUUGAUCCCAAUAACUCGAGUUAUUGGGAAAGGUUCAAUCGUGGAUCAUAUACCACAACACUAACAGAUCCAUCCAUUUUCCCGUAGCUGUGAGGAUGAUAGUAUGUAGUUGAAUAGUGUGUGAGUAUCAAUUCUUCAUCAAUGCCAAGGGCUCAAAGUGGGUCGUCGUCAACUUAAAUGCGUGCUGCUAUAUGGAUGGAGCUAGCUACUCAAAUUCAAUUGAAAUUGCAAAAAUGGUGAUGGACGAAUAUCUUGGUGGACCUCCAGUGAUUUUUUUGCCCACAAAAACGGUUCUUUUUUACUUUAUUAUCCUCAUUUUGGAAGGCAGCGAUUUCCUUUUUUUUGUUCUCCCUUUCAUUGUGAGUUGGCGAAUCUCAUCUAGUAUUCGUCUAUUCCAGUACUGUGGUGGCCACCCCACGUUUGUGACAAUGAUCAUAGGCCAUUAAAUUAACUCAUCAUCUUCAGCCACGUUGGCCAGUGUUAGGCUUGUUCAUGUGAUUGAGGAGGAUGUACGUAGCUCUUGUACAAGAGUUAAAUCCUCUUUCCACCUUUCAUCAGCAGUCUUCUUAGCAUCAGUAGGAUCUUCGGCCAGAGCAGGAAACAUAGAGGUUAUGGAAUUUUCUAACUUCUUGGUCACCAAUUAGAACAUCAAUCUUUUGUCUCCAAGUGGCAGAAAUUAGCUCAUUGGAAGUGAAAGCAAUGAUUGAGAUCACUAGAUGUAAGGAAGUGGUUAAGCACCAUACACGGGCCUGUAUAAGAUCCAGCAUAAUCUUCUCCCAAUAACUCGAGUUGUUGGGAGAACUGGUUUAUGACAUGGUAUCAGAGCAGGUUUGUUCUUGAGGUCACGUGUUCAAGUCCUCACGACCCCCAAUAUUGACCGUUGUCUUUCAAGCACAUGGUAUGGCGGGCCUGUGCAAACUUCAGGCCCAUGAGUUGGCUUUCGUUUGAGGGACCAUGUCAGAAACCAGUUGAUCCCAAUAACUCGAGUUAUUGGGA